CCAUUGCUAGUUUUUCUCCGUCAUUGGCACAUUCCUGUACCGAUUGGCCUUGUUUGCUGAUAGAGUUACUGUCACAAGCUGCUGAAAUUGAUCAUUUUCAGGGCAAGGAAGCUAAUGAAUGGAUUGGUUUUAGAAGAUAGUUUAGGCUUUGGUGCACCUUGGAGGCAUGCUCCUCAGAGCGAUAAUCCAUGUUCGUAACUGCCUAAGCCCGCCCCUAGCAGAUAUUGUCUGCAUUGGCCCGUUACGUAUCGUCGUCAGCCUCACAGUUUUAAAAUCCGUGUGCUUGGGAGAGGUUUUCACACCUUUAUAAAGAAUGCUUCGUUCCCCUCUCCGACCAACGUGGGAUCUCACAAUGCUUGAUCUUGGACUGGGCAAAGAUUCAGCUGAUGGAUUUUGUGUAUGCGGAAUUUGGGGAACACACCCUUUUUUCCCCAUGUGAUCUUUCUCGCCUUAUGAAGGUCAGUUUGGUUUAUGCUCAACUAGAUUCAUCCUUCAUGCGGCCAAUAUCUAGAGGGAUUCAAAGAUGUCUAGUGCGCGAUGGGGCGGGUGGAUUUAGGAACGUGACUCAAUAAUUUCAAUAUAAGGCUCACAAGAGUAAAUGGUGCAUUCUCACCAAACAGGUUAUAGCUUGAAUGGCGCCAUAGGUCUACGUUUUCCCGCUCACACAGUGACAAAUCAAACAACGGGUCCCCUUUUCCAUAUAGAUCGAGAGCGACCCCUUCACGUUUAUUGCUUUACUAUAUCUCUUCAUUGCCUGCUGCGGCUCCCCCCUCCACUCCAAUGCCAGCCACAAAGUUUUUGAUCAAUCAGCUCAUUCAAUCUAACUAGAGAAACUUUCUUUAGAGCCAAACUUUUCAGAUAUGGAAAUGGAAUGAAUGGACAGGGUAUUGCCCGUCAUUCUGCUUCCCAGUUUCUCUCUUCUACACCACCACUCAGCCAUGGCAGACAUGAAAUCCUGUUCCUGAAGGUCUACGGAACCCUUAAGAAUUGGAUUCAUUUUACUAGAACUCCUCUGUGGGUCUUUUUCGUGUCAAUCCAGCAAUUUGGAGAGGAAAUGGAGCGGCCAAAUCGAGGGCAGAGAUGGGCCAAUUUGAAGCAACGGCUAGGACUGAUGAAGGGGAUGGGGUGCUGUGGAGGUUCAUGGAGUUCAACAUCGUCAACUUUGACGAUGAUUGAUGGUAUAGGUUUAAGCCGCCAUGGAAGUAGCCGCAGCCAUAGAGACGAUGGGACUCGGAGCUCUGCAGCUUCCGGGAUGAACUUGGCGAUGGCUCUGGCGGCUGAGAGAAACUUGACCGAGGAAGGAGGCCCCACCGUCGGCAAUGUGAAAUCACUGAUGAGAUUAUUUGAAGAAAUAGACGGUGGGGAUUGGAAGACGAGAAGAAAGGAGAGUGAGAACAACGGUGAUUGGUUGUGCUGCGUGUGCAUGGAGAGGAGUAAAGGUGCUGCCUUUAUUCCCUGUGGACACACCUUUUGUAGGGUAUGUUCUAGGGAACUAUGGCUCAACGGAGGCACCUGUCCUAUUUGCAGCCGUUCGAUCAUUGAGAUUCUUGAUAUUUUUUAAGAUAGAAGAAAAUUCAUUUUCGUUCUCCUAAAUUAUUGUCUUCACGUGAUCUUUGUGUUUUUAUAUGAAAUAAUGGAAGAAUGGAUAAGGCAGCUGAUUUUUGGUUUGCACAA